CGGGCAGGGUGAGCCGCUGCGCCCGCCUCUGGCAGGCGCCUGAGCGCGGUCCGCCGGGGCAGGCCGCGGAGCAGCCCCCGCCGCGGGGCCCGUCAGGCGGCGGAGCCCGGCUGGAGAGCGGGGGCAUGGCGGCGCGGAGCCAGGCCUCCCUGCGGCGCCGGCUGCAGAGCUCGCAGGAGGCGCAGCACCGGCAAGCGGUGCUGGUGCGGAAGCUGCAGGCGAAGGUACUGCAGUACCGGACUCGGUGUCGAGAGUUGGAGCAGCAGCUGGCAGCAGGAGGGGGACCCCUUCCAGGCAGGUGGGAAGCCACAGAAGACCAGAGCCUGGAGAAAGCACUGCUUCAGGUGGAAGAGGAGCAGCAAAGGUGUGAGAAUCUGGCAGAAGUGAACGCUCUCCUGCAGGAGCACCUCGAUGAAGCGAAUGAGGUUAAUUCAGCCCUUAAAGAAGAUGUUGGAAAACUGACGGCGGAUUGGAUGAGGGCCCGGGAGGAGCUGGAAUUGAAGGAGAGUGAGUGGCGCAGCGAACGUGAGCUUUAUGACAGCUACCUAAGGGGUGAACGCAGCCGUCUACUCAGCCUGUGGCGUCAGGUGGUAACCUUCCGCUGUCAUUUCCUGGAAAUGAAGACUGCCACUGACCGAGAUUUGUCAGAGCUGAAGGCAGAGCAAAUGAGGCUUUCUGGAUCUAUACUUGUAAACUGCUCCCACCUAAACUGUGGCGUACGGCCCUGGGAAUCCGUUACGCUGGGUAGACCUGUCCUCAAGGAUCAGGCACAGCAGCAAGCGGAACAGGAAAUAAGCCAGAAGACUUGGGCAGUGAUGCACUUACAAGUCGAAGGGGACCCGGAGAAGAAGGAGCUUCAGGACAGACCGAAGGACUUAGCUGCACUUGAAGGAGAACAUUCAUUAUUACAGAGCGAGUUGGUGGUCGCAAGAGAGAUGCUGGAGGAAUCGCACCUUCAGAGGGAUCUGCUGAAGCAAGAGAAACAGGAGCUUACCGUGGCACUGGAGAAGGUAUGGUCACCUUAUUCCGAGGCAGCACUUGUGGGAGAGGCAGCUGUGAUAGCAAGACCACCACAGAUGCUGUUUCUGGCAGUAGAAGACAGGGACAAUGCAGAGCAGUCGGUAGCGGAGUUGACAGGGGCUCAGAAUAAGCUGAGUGCUGAAAUAGCCGAUCUACACGUUGCAGCAGCGAACAUGAGCAGUAUCAAUGAAGCUCUUGCCUUGGAUAAAGUGCAGCUGAACAAACUUGUGUUGCAGCUGGAGCAAGAGCUUGACGUUCUGUCGGGUAAAGUGGACGAGAUGGAGAGAGCAAAGAUCUCUGACCAGGAGAAGCUGAACUUGUGGGAGAGAACAAAUGAGGCGCUGAGCGCAGAGAAAGCCCACCUGGAGCAGCUGCUGAAGGAAGCAGAGGAGCAACAGGAGGGGCUGCAGGUAGAGCUGAGGAUGCUGGCAGAGGAGAAGGCAGAAACCCAAGAGAAACUCAAUCAGGUUCACCGCCAGCAAGAGUCAGCUAGCAGUGGUCUGGAGCAGUUGCGGCAGGAGUCCUCUCGCCAAGGGCAGGCACUGGCCAACAUAUCCAAAGAGAAGGAAUUGCUGGUGCACGAGAAGGCUGCCCUAGAGGUGCGACUGGCAGCCACGGAGCAGGAGAGACGAGGCCUUGCAGAGCAGCUGGCAGAGGCCAGGUCAGGGAAGGAGACCCUGGAAUCCAGCCUGCUUGAGGCUCAGCAGCGCUUAUGUCAGCUGGAGAUCGCCAGGAGUCAGCUUGAAAUCCAACUUCACACAGUCAGGCAGGCCAAGGAGGUGAUACAAGGGGAAGUGAAGUGCCUUCAAUGUGAGCUGGAAGCAGAGAGAUCUCUCCUGAAGCAGGAACGGGCAAACAUGGCGCAACAGCUCUUGCGGACAGAAGAGCAGUAUAAUGAUACCCUCAGACUUCGGGAAACUGAUCACGAAGUGGAAAUAAACAAGCUCCUGCAAGACCUGGCAAGCGAGCGGGAAGGGCACCAUUCAGAGCUACAGGAGAUGCUGGAGCAGUGGGAAAAGGAGAAGGCGGAGACAGAAAGGGAGCACGAGAAGAAGCUGUUUGAUAUGAAGCAGAGAGUUGCUACCAUGCAAGCUCAACAAGAGGAGGAACGGACGAGAGUGGAGAAUGCCAAGCAAGAGCAGGAACGGGCCAGACUGCGAGCAGUUAAAGAAGAACUGGUACGGGAGAUAAAACUUCUUCAGGAAUCAGUCACAGGCUCCGAAACCCGAGCAAAUGCAGCAACAGAUAGGAAUCGCUGCCUUGAACAAGAACUUCAAACUACAUUGUCUAUCUUAAAAAUCAAAAAUGAGGAAGUGGAAACGCAGCGGGAGAAAAUCCAGAUGCUCCAAAAAGAGGCAGCACAGGGAAAAGCUUUGCAGGAGAGUCUCACUCAUAUGACUGCCAUCCUGUCAGAGAGGGAGGGAGAAAUGAAGUUGUACCAGCAACAGAUGAGAAUGCUGGAAAACCAGAAAGAAACGCAUGAAACUACUCUCAGUGAGGUUAUCAAGGACAUAACAGAGAAAAAACAGAAGGUUGAAUCCCAGCAAGAACAGAUACAGGAGCUGGAGAAGCAGCAAGAAAUGCUGAGGACUGCUGUCAGCAAGAUGAGCAAAGAGCUGGAGGAGAGAGACCGGGAGGUGGGAUCCCAGCAAGAACAGAUACGGGAGCUGGAGAAGCAGCGAGAAAUGCAGAGGACUGCUGUCAGCAAGAUGAGCAAAGAGCUGGAGGAGAGAGACCGGGAGAUCCAAUUCCAGGAAGGGAAAAUAAUGAUUCUAGAACGACACGGUGCAUCACAAGUGAGAAAUCUGCAGGUGGAUCUUGAUCAUAUGAAAGGGAACUUGAAGGAGAAGAACUUGGAGCUUCUGUCUCUGACUCAGCAGAUCCAAGCACUGGAAAUGGAGAGAGAACAGGUGAAAUCUCUGCACGCGAGCCUUGGAGACCUGAGGGCAGUUCUUAAGGACAGAGAGCGCGAGUGUGAUUCUCAAAGGGAUCAGUUAAGACUCUUGCAGCAGUACAAGGAACAGCAAGAGGGCUACCUGCAGGAGCUUCGUGGGACACUAGAAAAGAUGACCCUCUCUUUAUCUGAAAAGGAUCAAGAGCUUGAGUCGCAACAAAAGCAAAUCCGGGAAGCUGAAGAAGUCAUGGAAAUGCAGUUAAGGACUGUCCGUGACCAACUGGAGCAGACCUUAGGAACCUUAAAAGAAAAGGACAGACUCCUAGACAUCCAAAAGCAACAAGCAAGGAGCUCUGCGGAAAAAACAGAAGAACAGAUGAAUGUCUUGCACAGAGACUUAGAAUACACAACAGCAAUACUGAAAGAAAAGGAUUUAAUGAUUGAAUCUCAGAAGGAACUGAUUGAGACCUUCCAAAAACAAGAGCAAGACUCUGAACAGCAGAAGGAAAUUCUGCAGCAGCUUCAAGUGGCACUAAAGGAAAAAGAACAAGAAAUGUUAUCCCUUAGAAAGCAAUGUGAGGCGUGGAAGGAAAAGGAGGAAAAGCGUGAAGCUGAGCAAACAAAUCUCCAAGCAACAAAACUGACUCUGAAAGAAAGAGAGGAAAAGAUAGAGGUUCUGGAGGAGGCUAUCUCUAAGCUUCAACAGCAAAAGGAGGAGGCAGCGAUGCAGACCAAAGCUAUACUGCAAAAACUAGAAUACGCUGAAUCUUCUCUAGAAGCGAGAGAUCAAGAGAUAGUGUCUUUGCAAGAGCACGUCCAGGAGCUUCGAGAGCAGAAGGAGUUAGAAGGCAAGCAGGCCAAGAGUCUAGAGCAGGAUCUAGACAAAAUGAGCCAAAUCUUGAAGGAGAACCAUUUGGAGUUCCUCAGGCAGACGGAGCAAAUGAACAUGUUCCGGCUUCGUGAAGAAAGCACGAAAGUAGCGCUAACAUCAUGCCAGCAGCAAGUGGAUCUGCUUGAGCACGCGGUGAGGAAGAGAGAAGAAGACAAUGAAACUCUCAUGCAAAAACUCCAGCGCCAAGAAGAAGAACUGAAGACCUUGCAGAAUCUCCAGCUUAGGCUAACCAAGAAGAAUGAAGAGGUUAGGCAUCGCAGAGAGCAAGAGAAGCUCCUGGAAGAAGCCUUGCACGAGACGGAACGAGAGACCAAGGCCGAAGGUGAACUAGAAGAGUUAGAAGAGGAAGUAAGAGCUCUUCGGGAAGAUCUCCAGCAUGUUCAGCCGACUCUGACAAAGAAGGACGAAGAGAUCAAGAACCACAGAGACAGAGUCGGGUACUUAGAGAAGACUCUGGCGGAGAGAGAACAAGAGCUUAGGAGGCAGAGUGAACUCUUGAAGCAAUUAACAUCAGCUUUGCGAUGGAAGGAUGGCGGGGAGACCCUACAGAAACGAAUCCAGAAACUCCAGAAAUGGGAGGAAGAGGAAGCAGAGAAGAGGCGAGUUCUCCAGGAGAGAGACCGUUCCUUGCAAAGACAGAAGGAGCUAACCCAACAACUGGCGGAUGAGCGGAAAGCCAAGGGGGAAGAAUUGGAGCGCGCGAUUGCUAUUUUGAAGCAGACCGAGAGCAGAGAAGUCAAAUGGAGAGAGAAGGCACAAGCACUGACUCUUGCCCUUACCAAGAGUGAAAUGGCCAACGGGACUCUGAGGGAAGAAAUAGCCAUCCUGCAGAGUACGGUUUCGGAGAGGGACACGGACCGGUUUCAUCAUCAGCAGGCUAUUGCAGAAGGGGAGCAGCUAUCAUGGCUCUCGGAGAAGAGACUCCUGUCACAGCAGCUGGAAUGUCUGCAGCGAGCAGUUGCAAGGCUGGAACUGGAGAAGGCAGAGCUGAAGCAACUCAAUGCUGAGCUCAGGAGGACUCUCGAGCAGGUGGAACGUGAACGGAGGAGACUGAAGAGAUAUCACAGUGGUCGGUCGCUGCCAGAUGCGUGCGGAUUUUCGCUCUCUGACCAGCACAAGAUGGCUGCUUCUAGACAGGAGGAGUCUCACGCUCGCUGCAGUCGUCGAUUAGCUGAGUUGCAGAACCAGGUGUCCCUUCUGCAGACGCAGCUGGCACAAGAACGAAAAUACAAGCAGGACUAUAUUGAGUGCUGUGCCAAGACCAGCCAGGAGCUGUCAGACCUUCACCAAGAGCUGUCUCGCUCCUUAGCAGCUGUGGUCAGGGAGCCCAAAGCUGCUGUUCUGGAAGCAGAGACUCGGAAGCUGGGUCAGCCUCUCUGAACCUUCUUUUCCUGUAGAGGAGCAGCUGCAGCAUCACGGCGUUCCGGUCUUGUGCCCUUCCCGGAAAUGUAUUAUGUUUUGCUGUGGGGAAUGGGGGUACAUCUGUUCUGUUUGCGUCCGGAAGCAUUUCCUAGCGACAGCGAUUUUAAAAUUUUUUUUUUUUAAUAAAAGAGAUUUUGCGGGACUGCACUUUUUCAA